GAAACUGAAAGUAUUUCACUGAACACUGAUCCCCAUUUUACUUCGAGCACAGAGUACAGUGAUUAAUCUUUCAUAAUGGAAGCUGAUCUUUCCUGUGCUGUCUGCCAUGAUCUGUAUAAAGAUCCUGUCUUACUCAACUGUGAUCACAGCUUCUGUCGAUCCUGUGUGACCCAGUACUGGGAGAAAGCUGACACUGCCUGCUGUCCUGUCUGUAGAAAGCAGAAUUCCUCCAUGAGCCUGAGAGCCCACCGCAUUCUCUCCAACAUCGUGGAGACAUUUGUGAAAAGCGGUGGAGGUGGUGAAAUGCAGCAGGAAUGCAGCCGACACAAGGAGAAGUUGAAAAUUUUCUGUAAAGCUGAUAAUGAGCUCAUCUGUGUGAUUUGUCAGAUUUCAAAAAGUCAUCAAAACCAUGAGAUGCUACCAAUGGAAGAAGCUGCUGAAGAGUUUAAGAAUGAGCUGCAAACUUCCCUGAAGCCAAUUCAGGACAAGAAGAAGGAAUGUGAAGCUGCAAAAAGUGAUUAUGAGAGAACAUUGUCCCACAUUCAGGACCAAGGUGUAAAGUUGGCGAAACAGAUUAAAACUGAAUUUGAAAAACUUCACCAGCUUCUUCAUGAGGAAGAGAGGAUUGUGUUGGAAAGUCUGAAAUUGGAGAAAGAGAGAAAUAGUCAGGAGAUGAAAGAAAGGAUUGAGAAGACAAUGGAGGAAAUCUCAUCACUUUCAGCCAUUGUUCAGGAUAUUGAACAACAACUGAGGGAACAAGACAGCAUCAUAUUUUUAACAAAAUUUCCAGAAACACAGCAAAGAGUGAAGCAAACUCUCCCAGAACCACAGAAGGUUUACCCUUUAAUAAAUGUGGGCAAGUUCAUUGGCUCCCUGCAGUACAGAGUGUGGAAAAAAAUGCUGACAGUGAUUAAUACAGCUCCAGUCACCUUGGACCCUAAUACAGCCCAUCCUGUCCUUCUCCUGUCUGAGGACCUGAGCACCGUGAGGUACACUGGGAAUCGGCAGCAACUUCCUGACAAUCUGGAGAGAUUUGAUUUCCUUGUCGUUGUCCUAGGAUCAGAGGGAUUUAUGUCUGGGAAACAUUCCUGGGAGGUGGAGGUGGGGAAUAAGACUCGAUGGAAUUUGGGAGUGGCCAAGGAAUCCAUCAACAGGAAGGGGGAUGUCUACCUGAAUCCAGGUAAUGGAUACUGGGCCCUGGUGCUGAGAGAGGGGAAUAAAUACUGGGCUGGUGAGGAACCAUGGAAAAACUUAGAGCUGAAUGUGAGUCCGAGAAAGAUCCGAAUCUAUCUGGAUUAUGAUGGAGGGAAGGUGUCCUUUUAUAACUCAGAGAACAAGAACCAUAUCUACACUUUCACUGGGACAUUCACUGAGAAACUCUAUCCUUACUUCAGUCCGGGUCUCAUUGAUGGGGGUAAAAACACAGAGCCUCUGAAAAUCUGUCCCCGGAGAGUAACAAUCCAGGAGGAUGAGGGAUUCAUCGCUUCAUCCAAAUAAAGACCUCUCUGUGGGAGGAAGGGGAAGAUCCCACACACUGGGUCACUGGUGGGAAAAUGGGAAGAUUCCACACAUUGGGUGAUUGGGUGGGGGAAUGGGAAGAUCCCACACACUGGAUCAUUUGGUGGGGGAAUGGGAAGAUCACACAGACUGGGUGACUGGGUGAGGGAAUGGGAAGAUCCCACACACUGGAUCACUUUGUGGGGAGGAGGGGAAGAUCUCACACACGGGGUCACUUAGUGGGGGGAAGGGGGAGGCCCCCUUUCUCUGUCUGUGAUUUUGGUUCCGGGGAUGGGUGUGGGGGAUAGGGACUCAUUCUGUGGAUAGGGCUUUUCCCUGAGUCACCGUGUGAGCAGGUGCCUGAGGGAAGCGGGGCCCUGAAUCAGAUUGGGCCUGAACCCUCAUGGGCCUGACCAAAGUGACCCUCAACAGGGUGCAGGCAGUGGGCAAUCGAGGGGGAUGUUGGUUCUGACUGUCUGACUCUCUUCCUUGGCUGGGUCAGUGCCCGGGUGUCCCUGGAGAUCGGGCACAUGAUGUCCAUGGGUAUACAUCAGGCCUUCAGUGACUGGUGGGCAUAAGGAGCACCAGACUGUCUCAUUAAUCCUGGAAACGCCAUUUUGCUGAGAUACAAAUUUUUUUGAAAGUCCUCUUUUGUUUUUUUGAUGCAGUGGGUCAGUACUGUCCCUUUUAAAGUGAAUUUUAUUCUUCUGGUAUUUUCUCAAAUGUACAUAUGGACACAAACUGAAACUGGAACUUUUGUGUCAGGUAGUGUGUGUAUAAUUUUGCAAAUAAAUUGCUAUAAAAUUG